CCUCCACACACCUUACACACCCAUACACCACCAUGGAUGCACACAAGAAGAAGCGCGAUCGGUAUGCCACCCAAGCAUAUGAGUUUGGGGCCAACGCCCAAGGAGUGAAUGCAGCUCCCCCGCCUGGACCGCCUGGUAUACCGCCGGGCAUGGCCCCGGGUAUGCCCCAAUCCCCAGAUGCUAUGGCUCAGCAGUUUGGAAAUAUGAGUCUUGGAGGCCAACCUGUGCAGGCUGCUCCUCCAAUGCAGCAACCAACGGCGGCGCAUCUCAACCAGCUCUACCCCACAGACCUAAUUUCGCAACCAUUGAACGCAGCCGAAGUGGACCAGCUUCCACCUCUCAUACAUCUCCCACCGAAUACUUCCUGCACGCCCAGUCCACACUCCAACGCGGAUCCUCGAUACAUACGAUCAACCCUGAACUGUGUGCCGACGACCCAUUCUUUGCUGAAGAAGUCAAAGCUACCAUUCGCCCUCGUUAUCCAGCCAUACACAUCUUUACACGACUCGGAAGACCCGGUCCCCGUUGUACCAGACCAGGUCAUUUCAAGGUGUCGACGAUGCCGAGCAUACAUAAACCCUUUUGUUACUUUCCUAGACCACGGGCAUCGAUGGCGCUGCAACAUGUGCAAUCUCAGCAAUGAUGUCCCUCAAGCGUUUGACUGGGACGCCGCCGCACAAAAGAGCCGUGAUCGUUGGCAGCGGGAGGAGUUGAAUUUCAGCUGCUGCGAAUUUGUCGCUCCCCAAGAGUACAUGGUUCGACCGCCGCAACCGUUGGUUUAUCUUUUCCUUUUUGACGUCAGCUACGCCGCGGUUACGAACGGGCUCCUAGCGACGAGCGCCAGAUGUAUUUUGGAGAGCCUGGAUAGGAUACCCAAUGCAGACAGGAGAACAAGAGUUGGAUUCAUGGCUGUUGAUUCCAGCCUGCACUAUUUCUCUAUCCCGCGGGAUGGGAGCGAGAACAACGACCCUAGCAUGUUGGUUGUUAGUGAUCUGGACGAGCCCUUCCUACCUACACCGAUGGAUCUCCUCGUGAACCUAUCGGAAUGCCGGGCCAAUGUGGAGACAUUCCUCGAGAAACUUCAGUCCAUGUUUCAGGACACUCCCAUCACAGCUUCCGCCAUGGGAUCUGCUCUCCGAGCAGGGCACAAGCUCGUGGCACCUGUUGGAGGGAAAAUCUGUGUGCUUAGCGCAACUCUUCCCAAUGUUGGGCACGGAAAGCUGGAGAUGCGAGAGGACAAGAAAGUACUGGGUACUAGUGGCGAGAGCAAGUUGCUCGGGACGCAAAAUAGCUUCUACAAGAGUUUUGCUGUAGAGUGCUCGAAGAACCAAGUCUCGAUCGACAUGUUCCUCUUCUCUUCACAGUACCAAGACGUAGCCAGUUUGAGCAACCUUCCGAGGUACACUGGCGGACAGACUUAUUUUUAUCCUGGGUGGAAUGCUGCAAGAUCAGAAGAUGCCAUUAAAUUUGCGAGGGAAUUCAGCGACUACCUGUCAUCCGAGAUUGGAUUAGAAGCGGUGCUUCGAGUCCGGGCUACCACCGGGCUACGUAUGAGCACCUUCUACGGUAAUUUCUUCAAUCGAUCUAGUGAUCUUUGCGCAUUCCCAGCCUUUCCUCGAGAUCAGGCUUAUGUGGUUGAAGUUGCAAUCGAUGAGACGAUCACGAAGCCGUACGUGUGCCUUCAAGCAGCAGUAUUACACACCACGUGCAAUGGCGAACGACGAAUCCGCGUCUUGACGCUAGCUUUGCCCACAACUGAAAGCCUUGCAAACAUCUAUGCAUCAGCGGAUCCGGCUGCUAUCACUGUUUACUUCAGCCACAAGGCGGUUGAGAGGGUUUUGGGAAGCGGGCUUGACGCUGCUCGUGACGCCCUCCAGGCGAAGAUCAUUGAAAUCUUGCAGACGUAUAGGAAAGAGCUGGCUGGUGGGAACAUGGGUGGUGGAGGCCUUCAACUUCCGGCGAAUCUUCGUCCAUUGGUGGUUAUGUUCUUAGGUCUAAUAAAGAACGUGGGGCUUCGCAAAUCCGCCCAAAUCCCUUCGGACCUACGUUCAACAGCACUUUGCCUUCUUUCCACCCUUCCACUUCCAUUACUCAUCCAGUACAUUUACCCGAAAUUCUACAGCCUUCACGACAUGCCCGAUAAUGCCGGUGUACCCGAUCCUCAUACUGGUGAAAUACUUCUACCUCCUGUAACCAACCUCUCAUCUGAGCGUAUCGUCCCAUAUGGUCUCUACCUCAUCGAUGAUGGCGUCAACCAAUUCCUCUGGAUAGGCCGGGAUGCCGUUCCGGCUCUUCUCCUCGAUGUCUUCGGCACCGAUGAUCGUACUGCGCUUAAGCAGGGCAAGACCACCAUGCCGGUCCUGGACAAUGAGUUCAAUGAAAGGGUACGCGCCGUCAUCGAGAAGAGCAAAGAUCACCGCGCCAAAGGGGUCGGUAGCAUCGUUGUCCCCACGCUGUAUAUCAUCAAGGAAGAUGGCGACCCAAGUCUGAAGCUCUGGGCGCAGACAUUGCUCGUUGAGGAUCGUGCAGACCAGGGAGUCAGCUUGCAGCAGUGGAUGGGAAUGCUAAGAGAGAAGGUCGUGCAAUGAUAAACGAAGAAGACCUCAUUCUCUAGCUUAGACGACACGGCAGGUUUCAUGGGUUUCGCGGGUAUCCGCUUAUUGCUACGGUACGGAAUGCCGAAAACGCGUGCAGAGUGGAGUGUGGAUGUAGCUACAGCUCUGAAUGCUAGAAGAUGAGAUGAGGUGAGGUCAGGUCAGGUUAAGUCAGCGAGGCACAGGUACCAUUGUCUAGAGUCUUGGCAACGUGCAUUGCGUUGGAAUCCCUC